AUGGGUCACCUGUUCGGACGACAAGGCCAGGGAAUGGCUGAGAAGUACAGUGAUCAGGGGCAAGUAGGGGGGCUAGAUCGGAAACAAGGUUCCAUCUUCCAUGGGGACUUGGAGAAUGGACUCAGAGCAUGCGUCUACGUGAAAAGAGGGCUCAGGGCAACGAAAUUGACAGAGUUCUGUACAAGAGACCAAGCAGCAGUCUUAUUGCCAGUCGGGGCGGGAAGCAGCGGGGCGGGAAGCAGCGGGGCGAAUCUUGUGAUUUGCUCGACCUACCUGCCCUACGACUCUGAGGGACCCCCGUCUACGAGGGAACUCAGAGACCUGGUUGACUACUGCGAGGUCAAAGGGCUGCAACUAGUGAUUGGGAGCGAUGCAAAUGCGCACCACAUCGUCUGGGGCAGCAGCAAUAUAAAUAGGAGAGGCGAGGUGUUAUUGGAAUACCUCUCAACCACGGACCUGGAGAUUCUAAACAGAGGCUCCAGCCCAACCUUUAUUACCUCUAGGCGACAGGAGGUACUUGACAUUACGCUGGGCUCCGCAAAGGUGGCCCAAGCUAUACGAGAUUGUCGUGUAGAUGAGGAGGCUACACUCUCUGAUCACAGGCUAAUCACUUUCAAGCUAUCGACAGAUUCGGACCUAAGGGCCUCGGAAACAUACAGGAACCCUAGGAUCACCUGUUGGCCUUAA